CUCUCAGACCCACUUACGUGUUUAAAGGUUAAUUUAUAAAUUUCUAGUGAUUAAACACAAAAAGAUAUAUUUAAUCAAACAAUAUGAGUUUAAAAUCAGUUAAAUUCAGUUUUUACUUCCAACAAUGAUUUACCAUCUAUAUAAAUAUAUCCAUAACCACCGCUACUUACAAUUAGUCAUUGUACUACAUUUUUUAUUGUUUAUUGCUAACUUUACAUAAAAAAUCUUUUAGGUGCAAAAAUUCUACAAACAAUAAUGACAUUAAAUAUCGAGAUAAAAUACAUAUCUGAGUAAAAAUUUUUGAGACUAAAGUAGAAAAUUGUUUUUUACUGAGUUUUUUUUUACCCAAAGUCUAGUUUGUUAUUCUAGUAUUUUUCAUCACUUUUAUUUCUUUGUACUGGUGAGAUAGUGAUGAUACAUGUUUUGACAUUAAAAGUAUAAAUAUCUUAUAAAAAUAUUAUAUUUAUUAGCGAAAAUAUCAGAUACGUAAUGGUCGUACGCUUGUACAUGAUCGAGACAGUUCUAGCGAAUCGCCGUGCAAGUGUAACGAAAAUUUUUUUUCGCCCGAUAUUUCACUAUUAUAGUAUUUUUUAUAAGAUAAUCUAUACUUACAAUAUCAAAAUGUAAUGUAUCACAUUAUGUAUCAUCAAUACAUAUAGAGGGUAAUUCUUAAUAAUUAUACCCACUUUUUAUCAUAGGAAUAUGAUUUAUCGACAGACAUAUAUUUCAAAUAGCGAUUUCGGCUGGGGUACAUCGGUGUGCCACCUUACCAGUGGCACACAAACUGGCUCUGACUAUUUUCUCAGGUCCAUUUUAUGUACACCCAAUAUGCACUUAUGAGGUGUAUCGAGCCCAAACGAACAUGCGGCACCAUUGAGGCAUUAUUUGACUAGCCAAACACAAAAGUUGCACCGACACUUGAAAUGUGCAACCGGUGUGCCCCAGCCGAAAUCGCUAUAAUUAACAUAUUAUUAUACUAGAAAUUACAAAUGCGUGCACCUAUGGUAAAAAGUGGGUACAACCAUUAAAAAUUACCCUGUAGUGUAGUGAUUCGUCUCAUAAAUUAUUAAAAAAUAAUGUCUACUUUUCCCAGAUACAGCGAAAAUAGGCCUUUUUCUAAUACCUUUCUUUAAGAUCAAAUUUUGUAAAGAAAAUUAAAAUGAUAAGCAAGAUUAUCAUAUAUAAAUAAGAAUAUAAUUUCUUGCUUACAUAUGAAACGAUAUCAUGUCCAAGAAAAAAGGAGUAUCUCUCGACGAGAAGCGUGUGAGGAUGUUGCAAAUAUUUUACGAGAAGAAAGAAUUUUUCACGUUAAAGGAACUCGAAAAGAUCGCGCCAAAGGAAAAGAACAUCAUCAUACAAGCUGUCAAGGAUGUGUUACAAGCUUUAGUGGACGAUGGUUUGGUACGAUCAGAGAAAAUUGGUACUUCAACAUAUUUUUGGAGAUUUCCAGGAGAAAAUAUUACUGCAACAGAGCGCAGAAUAGCUAAUAUGAGCAAAAAGAUAGUAGAGGCAGAAUUUAAUCUUGAGAAACUGAAGAAAGAGAUACAGAAAGAGAAGGAAUUAAAAAAUGAUACAGAAGAGAAAAGAACAAUAUUGAAGGAGGUAGAACAACUGCGGAAAGAAGAACAAGAAAUAAAGAAGCAAAUUUCAAAAUUCAGUAGUGUCGAUCCAGAAGUAGUUGCAGAAAUGGUUGAAAAAGUGCAGAGAUACAAAGAUGUGGCGAACAUAUGGACAGACAACAUAUUUUCUCUACAGAGCUGGUGCAAAAAUAAAUUCGGCAUUUCAGAGCAGGCUCUCAACAAACAAUUCAACAUUCCCGAGGAUUUGGAUUACAAAGAAUGAAUUUGAGUUCAUGUAAUUUGUCAAUAAAUUAUUUUUUACGAACAAACAUA